AGCAGCAGCCUCGGUGUGGUGACACUUGUCGUCCCGUGACUCCCGGUUAACGUCAGCUCGGGUCGGCCCGGUGUGGGGGUUGUUUUUUUGGGGGGGGGGUCUGGUGUUGCUACGGUUACCUUCCAACUGGAGCAGUGAGUAAAGGAAUAUUAUCAUGGCGGCCACAGAUCCCCGGUCCUCGAGUGACGGUGGGCCGGCCAGCAGAGCAGGAUUCCCGGCGGGGGAGAGCAGCAACGACCGGGACGGGCCAAGCGGCGGCGGCGGAGGGACCGGAGAAGGAGAACGGGACCGGGCCACCUUUGAAUGCAACAUCUGUUUGGACACUGCCAGGGACGCUGUCAUCAGCAUGUGUGGCCAUUUAUUCUGCUGGCCCUGUCUUCAUCAAUGGUUGGAGACGCGGCCCAGCAGGCAGCAGUGUCCUGUGUGUAAAGCGGGCAUCAGCAGAGAGAAAGUCAUCCCGCUGUACGGCAGAGGGAGCUCCAGCCAAGAGGACCCCAGGUUGAAAACUCCACCUCGGCCUCAGGGACAGAGAACAGAGCCAGAGAGUCGAGGCGGGAUGUUCCAGGGUUUCGGCGACACCGGCUUUCACAUGUCUUUCGGCAUCGGGGCUUUCCCCUUCGGCUUCUUCACUACAGUCUUCAACACCAACGACCCUUUUCACAGAGCAGACCAGUAUGCGGGUGAUCAACAAGGCAACGGUAACCUCAACAACGGCAACAACAACUGGCAAGACUCCCUCUUCCUGUUCGUGGCCAUCUUCUUCUUCUUCUGGCUGCUGAGCGUGUGACGGGGCGGCGAGGAGAGGACGACAGCACGAGAUGUCAAUGCAUGGAAAGACGAGGGGGUCGACGACCGAGAGGGGAGGAGCGCAAAUUUAAAGAUAUAAGAAAAAAAAAAAGAAAAAAAAACUCACACACACUCUUAAGUUGAGCCACAGACACACACUCAUGUUACAUUUCCUAGCAGGUACUAACUUUGGGAGAGCGGAGCGUUUUUAAUCCCCACAAAAACAAGAAUUUACAGGAAUUUGGCAAAAUUCACUUUAUAGGAUAGUUGCCCCCCCCCACCUCUCCUGUUUCCUUGGUUAUAUUUAUACAAGAAAUACCCCCCUUUACACUCCUUAACACCCAUAAAAAGUUAGCCCUCCCCCUCUCUCUCUACAUGCACCUGUAGAUAUACGCACACAGACAAUAAAGAAAAGGUAGACACUACAUUUUUAAGGGGUGUUUUUAGGGGGGAAGGGGUCAGAUGAGACAGUAUUAUGUGGUUAGGCGUCUCAGUGUCCAGCGCUGCACUGGGCGGAGGAUUAGCAGUGACUAAUUCUGUUUUGGGUUUCUCACAUCCUCUUCGAAGAAGUCACCAGUUUACUCCUUAAAUAGAGAAGAGGAGGAAAGAGAGAGGGGGGGGGGAGGGGAGGAGGGAGGGGAAUGAGGUCAUUUUUCUCCUCCUAAAAAAACAAGGCCAAAGAGUAGCGGAUCAGUAAGGAGGGAGGGAGAAGAUGGAGGGAGAGAGGGGUAAAAAAAUGUAAUCGAAUCACGUUCCUGUUUACAGUGUCUCAUGAAAUGAACAAGUACUCCUUGAUGCGCGUCUUAAAAAAAAAAAAGAAGGACAGAUAGAAAAGAGCACAGAUGGAUGCAUUUAAUAUACGUUUGUCUUAACUAAAAAAACACACAAAAAAAAACUGCCAUUGCACUGUGAAGUCAUUCGAGCUGUCCUAAAACGAUCCAGACUGGAUCGUGUGCUUGUGUCGAGUCACUUGUUGCUUCUUUUUCUUCUCCACCCCCGUCCCUCCCUUCUCCUUCUCCUCCUCCGCAGUUAGCUGUGAAACAAAAGCUGAACCUCACAGGAGAUAAAAACAUGGGGCGGGCGCACUGUUAAAAGGGCCAGUUUGGGAGAUUUUUGUGUCAACACGAGUCGACUCGAGAUCUAAUACAGUUUGUUAAUUACAGAGCAAAUUGUGUGAAAAGAGAAAGGGGGGGGAGGGGGGGACAUUGGCUUGGUUAAAAGUAGCCAGAUGUGAUGCAACACAGUACAAAAAAGGAGAGGUGAUGCAGCGUAACGGAGCGGCGAGGAUCCUCCCAUUUAGUCACGGAGGUCAAAAAGAUCAGCACACUAAAAACCUACAGUUUAGUGACGAUGAACUGUUCCCCCUCGGUGUGAUAGAACAUAUAAAAAUCACUCUUCUUUCUGUCACAGUUGAUUGAUUUUCUUUUCUUUUUUCCAACUGUAUGUGUCUGUGUGUCAGAGUGAGUGUGUAUACAGUAUAUAUUUGUAUAUAUGAAUAUUGUAAAUGCUGUUUUUACGUGUUUCUGAAUGGAUGACCAGCCAUAGAGAGCCAGAGAGGACGAGGCGGUUGCGAGUAGGGGCCUCGAGAUGCUUUUGUAAAGCGAGCGAUGAUCUGUGUUCUGGUUUUCAUGAAUUGUGCUGAACUUUUUUUGUUUUACUUUAAAAAAGAAAAAUGGAAAAAAAAAGGCUUGCAGCCCAAGUUCAUAACUCUUCUGCCAAUGUCUCCCAUAAAGUUAAAUAAAUGUCGAGAGCAAAAAAAUAAAGAAAUGUCUGUCCUUCCCUGCUAAUGUGAUUUGAUUCAGCUCGUGAAACACACACACACACAUAUCCAUGUCAAAGAUCUCACAUCUGAACUAAAACUAAAGUAACACACCUUCAUUUUAAAUAUAUAACAAACUGUGUUGUCUUUUAAAGUUUCCUACUGGAAAAUUGAAACUAGUGAAUCGGGUAUUUUAGCACUUUAACGCUCACACCAGGCUCAGAGAUAACUCAUCUGUAGAGUGGAGGACAGGACUACUGCUGGUUGCUUAUCAGUUCUUACAUUACUUAUUAUUAUGUGACACUAAACAGGUGAUGUGAGCUGGAGACAUUGUGCAAAAAAAAAACCCAAACUGGUCUAGGAGAUUAAAAACUUGA